AUGAUUCGAUGCCAAAAGGAUUUCUGGCAAACACCUAAGCCUAUCCCUGAGAAGUCAACCGAUACAAAGUGGAAAUGGUUUAAGAAUUGCUUAGGUGCACUAGAUGGAACACCUGUUAAGGUACAUGUACCAGAAUGUGAUAAACCAAAGUACAUAACAAGGAAAAAUGAAAUAGCAACGAAUGUUUUGGGAGUCUGCACUCCGAACAUGCAGUUUAUAUAUGUUUUACCUGGAUGGGAAGGGUCCGCACAUGAUGGUUGUUACUAUGUAGUUGAUGGUGGCUACACAAACGGAAAAGGUUUUCUUGCACCUUAUAGACAAACCCGUUAUCAUCUGAAUGAGUGGAUAGAUGGUUAUCGUCCUACAACACCGGUUGAGUUUUUUAAUAUGAAACACUCAAGUGCUCAGAAUGUCAUUGAAAGGUGUUUUGGGCUAUUGAAAAUGCAUUGGGGAAUUCUUAGGAACCCAUCCUAUUACGACAUUAGGACACAUCGUCGCAUAAUUUCAAUGUGUUGUAUGCUCCAUAAUUUUAUAAGGAGGGAGAUGGUUGUAGAUCUUAUAGAAGCCGAUGCAAAUUGGCAAUUUCAAGAUGGGAAUUCAGAUGCGAAUAACUAUAUUACCACUGUUGAGUCCUCAAAUGAGUGGACUACAUGGAGGGAUAACCUUGCCCAAGAAAUGUGGAACAAUAGGGCGGUUCAUUGA